UUGUUCAUUUUGGGGGUAGCUUUUUUUACUACGAAUUAUUACGCAGACUGGCGCAUAACUCGCUGUUGUCGGUUGGUAUAGAUUGUGUGAUUGUCUUGUUUUCGCCACGGGCGGCCAUCGUUGAGUUGCAGAACCGUCUGGUCGUUGUGGACAUUUUCCCGUGGUGCUCCGUGUGGUUGUUGGCAUUCCAAAACAUCGCCCACAGUCCGGUGGUCGGGUGAAGGAAUUUCCUACAGCACUCCAGCGAAAGGAGGAAGGCAUUAAGAUAUCCUAGUGCCGCGAGUGAGCGAGCGAGUGAGCCAAGUGUACGCAGGUGCUCGUUGCCGUGCGGCAAACAGUGACCAAAUCAGCCCACCAAACUUGCCCUCGAACCAGUGGGCCAGCUUUUCGUCUCCAUUUGCAAAGCAAUUCAGUCCGCUUUUGUACUUUCAGCAGAGAGUACCCGUGUGUGUUGGUGGUUGAAAGCGAUUUUUUCGCUCUCGUCCGGGUGUUCUUGUCGAAAGUGUUGUUUUCCGGAGACCACACUCCACGCGGUGAGAGGGCACUAACAGUCCUUUGGAAGAGGAAGUGAAAAAGCCCCAACACUUCGUCCGCCACUGUGCGGUGUGAUUAGCAUAGCUUUACUGUUCAGACAAAGGCAUUGGAAUAACCCGUCAGCGACAGUUUACGACGAUGAAUAACCUGUGGUUCACCUUUACGGUCCUACUGGCGCUGGCCGCGAUCGGCUCGUUUGCCGUCGACGCCAAGAAGAAGCUUUCGAACAACAAGUACGGCGAUGGUGAUUUUGAGUUCAUCGACGAGGAAGAUAAAAGCAAUCAGCAACAACAACAACUUGACUCUUCGGCAGCGAUGCAAUUAAAACAGGAUCAACAACAAAUGCUAACUGAGAAGAAGAAAUGGAUACACGACCCAUCCAGCGACCUCUGCAAACCUCUCAACUGUAAGAAAAAAGAGCUCUGUCUGCUGGAGGACGCGUACACGGCGGUUUGUGUUUCGAAGAAGGAACUUCAUAAGAACAAAUUCAUCAACAGCUAUAAUACGCUUGCGAACAGGGAAGAAAUUAUCAGCAAGAGCAAAUAUUUCGACGAAGAAGAGGCAAAGCGGAAGGCCGAUGCCGAGGCGGAAGCUGAUGCCGCAGCAGCUGCAGCCGCCGCAGCCAACCUUGGAGGUGGCGUCGGUGGUGGCAAUAGUGCCGAUGGAGGCAGCAUGACGCUUAUGGCGGCCAGCGGCGAUAGUAGCACAGGAAGCAACACCAACGAUGGUACGAGCAGUGGAUUGGAUCAGGAGGAUCGUGAAGACGACGAAAGCUCGUCUCAGGAUGACGACGUGUUCUACGAUAGCGAGGCCGGGGAGAAGGAGGAAGACUGCAAGCCCUGCCCUGUAGUGAAACCUACUUUCCUGUGCGGUAAUGACAACAGGACAUAUUCGUCCUUGUGCCGCCUGGAGUAUCACAACUGCAUUCACGCCAGUGAGGUGAAGGUGAAAUGCAAAGGGUUCUGUCCGUGCAAAGAUGGCAACCUGCUUCUGGAUCUGAAAAAACAACAACGACUCACGGACCGGAUGAGUGCGUUCAAUGCCAAGUACCAGCGGACGAUCGACAGCAAUGACAUCAACCUCAUCCCACCGGGCAAGAAGGAGGAAAAAAACCGCCACUACAACCACAUCAACUCGCAGUACACUUUCACUCCCGAAGAGAUCAAGUACGACAACAAACACUACAAGUACAUUAAGUACACCACGUACAAGAGCAAGCAACCUUCGUUACAGACGUCUCGUCAGUCGGCAGCAGCAAGCCAGUAUGAAGGGUACGGUUCGUCCAACGGUGGUUCGGCACACCUUGGUGAAGACAAGCAUAAAAUCCGAGGCUACAACGAGGUCCUCGACAAGCCGGUCAGCGGCAAUGGUAAUAGCAACAACAAACCAUCGAAACAGUCCGGCGGCAUGGCACGUUACCCCAUGAAGGCGAGCGAGUGCAAGCCGCAGCAACUGACGGCCAUCGGUAACCGAUUGCUCGAUUGGUUCUCCGUGAUCAUGGCGGAUAGCAAGAAGCGGCGGCAGCAUCAGCAACAGAAGAACAAGAUCCACUUCCCAGGGGCGUGCAAGCUCGAAGCGCGCUGGAUGUUUGGCCAUCUCGACCUGAACAACGAUGGCGAGCUGUCCACGCAGGAACUGUAUGACCUCGAGCACGACCAGAACGAACGAUGCAUCAAACCGUUCAUCGAUACAUGCGAUCUCGAUCAGGACAACACGAUAGAUCCUCGUGAGUGGUGCCGGUGCUUCGAAAAAACGGAUCGCCCGUGUGCCGCUGUCCGGCGACGUUUGGGCAACGAUUUGAGCGGCUCGUAUGCCCCAGACUGCGAUAGCCAAGGAUUCUACAAGCCAACGCAAUGCCAUCAGGCCGUCGGUAUUUGCUGGUGUGUAGAUGAGCACGGCGUCGAGUUUGCCAACACGCGCACUCGAGGAAAACCAAACUGCGAAGAAAUCAUUAACAAUGCCACUACCCUCAAUUCGGACGACGAAGACACCGAAGAUUCCGACGAUGACGAUGACAGCCAAGAGGGAAGCGCCGACCGCCUAUUGGUAUUCUAAACACGCGGCAUGCCAAAUUGGCGUAAUUGUUUGUUUCUUCCAACAAUUUAAUGUAACUUUAUUCUGUGAGGAAACAAUCCGUCUGUACGUUUGUGUUAGUGCGCAUCGUUUACUGUAUUCGGACAUUUUUGAAACACUCGCGAUGGAGGUGGUCUACAGAAUGCUCCUCACGUAUUCCGCUGUAUAUUGUUUAGGUCAGACAGCAAACGAUGAAUUAGACAAAUCAUCUCCCAUUUCCCGUCCUUGCCUCCACCAAUGGUGGCGGUGGAGUUGUAUCAAUCAGAGGUUGAUUCGGAGUGUAAAAAAAACUAAUUGGAAUGCUGUCCGUUGGCCGGCUGUCUAACGAUUUACGCAAAACAUUUUCGAAAUGUGUCGCUCCCGUCCUAAAUAACGUUGUAAUGUCAAAGGAGUAAGGUUUAGCUUAAAUAUUGGCUCAUAAGAACCAAGAGCUAUUG